CAAGUGCACAUUCAGGACACUCAGUGCAAUCUGUUACGCGGCAAGCUUCGAUUGUGUAUUCCAUUUUCAAAAAAACAAAUGGAAUGAAAGUUUCCGAUAUAAAAUAAGGAGACAUGACUUGUACAAUAACGAUGGAUUUAAAAUUUCCGGAACGGUCAACGUUGUUGAAAUGUCACGACGCCAUCUUGAAUUCGGAAUUUAAAAAUGACAUUUUGUUUUUUUAUUUCAACUUGACGCGCAGGGCGUUUGUCAUGGUUCACGAGUUGUGUUGCCAAUAUGCAUUAUUUAUUUUUUUAACUGUGAUCUUGGUAUUAUUGUUGUAUGUUAUUUAUAAAUCAUUUUGGAAUCCAGUAUUGUAUACUAAGGAACUGACGGAAAUAGGCUUCGAAUACAUAAAGCAUGGUCCUGAUAGAGCGCUCCGAAUUUCCCGAGCGCAGAGCGCCAGGCGUCUAGGAUCUAAAAUACCACCCCCAUACCCCAACGGGUGGUUUGCCAUCGCAGAGAGUUCCGCGCUACAGAUCGGUGGGGUCAUCCCUGUCGAUGCUCUUGGUCAGAACCUAUGCGUCUACCGGGGAGAAGAUGGUACAGCCAGAUGCGUCGACGCGUACUGUCCUCAUUUGGGCGCAAAUCUAGCAGUUGGCGGGAAUGUCUGCGGGAACUGCAUUGAAUGCCCUUUCCAUAAAUGGAGGUUUGGAGAAGAUGGAGCCUGUGUCAGUGUACCUGGUUUAGAACAUGCUCCUCGAGGAGUCUCCAUCAAAACCUGGCCAACAGUAGAAGCCGAUGGUGCGGUGUGGAUCUGGCACGACGCCGAGGGUCGGGAUCCCCUGUGGGAACUUAAGGAUGCACCAGAAUUGAAGAGUUGGGGAUAUAGGGGAAGGAAUGAGUUUGUUAUCAGCGCUCAUAUUCAGGAGAUACCGGAAAAUGGAGCUGACGUAGCUCAUCUGAAUGCUGUGCAUUCACCAUCGCUCCUGACGCAGUUGGGUGAGAAGUACCCCAUACUUCUGAAUUUUAUAGGACAGCACGUUUGGGCAGCAGACUGGUCGAAAAAUGAGGACCAUACGGCCUCAAUGCAGUUGACGCAUGAUUAUAAGAUCAUGAAACUGAAUCUCUUCCACGUGGAUGUAUCCAUUACUCAGAUUGGACCGGGCCACGUACGACUCUACGUUCAGACCCCAGUGGGACCUAUUCUUGUAUCGCAGUCAGUUACACCAAUAGGUCCAUUACUUCAAAAAGUAGUGCAUAGAUUGUACUCACCGAUUUACAACGCACCCGUCGGCGCCAUCUUUGUGAAAAUAGAAAGUUAUAUGUUCGAACGCGAUGUAGCCAUAUGGAAUAAUAAACGAUUUGUCAGCGCGCCGUCUUAUGUACGGACUGACAAACAGAUAAAAGCGUUUCGCACUUGGUUCUCGCAGUUUUACAGCGAACGUAGUUUGUCAUUUAAAGAUGUGAUGCAAAAUCCUUUGGACUGGUGAAGUGAUUUUUAGAAUUAUAGUGGAAUAGUGCCUGCUCCAAUCUGAUCUCAGCAUUGGAAGAUAAUAGCAUGAAGUCAGGUCAGUGAGCACA